AGCCCCUCCUUUCGAAGGCCUUCCGCAAUUACACUUGGAAGGCAGCAGGUUGAGAGAUCGCGAUAGCAACGUGGAGAGGCUGCGCCAAUUUUUAUUUCAGCUUUUUUCUAACCCUUGUUGUGACCAAGAAACCUAGCGAGAAAGCCUGGACCGGCGUUCAGCUGAUUUUACCCCCGCCAAACGAAGCCACCCUUGUAGCCUGCAUGGAAGUGCUAAGCCAGUUAGCUUCCAUUUAGCCCAGCAGGUUGCUAUGUCGCAGGCAAGCAUUUGGACGGAUCCAUCUCGGCUAGCCGCGUUAGCUUGAGAACUUUUCAAAUUUUGUCGGGGGGCGGGAAAGCACGACAAAAGAUUCUUUUCCUGGCCACAUGGAGUCUUGCAACAUCGCGUAGCUUUCAGCCUGCGUGUGUGUGUGCCCGCGCGUGCUCAUGGAAAUAAUUGAAGUGGAAAAGGUGCGAGCUGCAACGUGAACCUGCUGGAUGAAAUAAGUCCCUGUAGCGUCAGCUCUGGACUCUUCGCGUCAGCGAGGCCUUAUCAAUUCAACACUCUGCAGGCCCUUUUCACCUACGCUCGGCAAUAAUUCACUGCCAGCGCCUCUGCGUUUACAACUGGUCAAGAUGGCUGUGUCGGUGCGGGGUUUGUACUUUUUGCUGACCCUGUUUUUGGCCAGUUUCUUCGGUAGCAUCUUCAUGCUGGGUCCGUUCUUGCCCCUCAUGCUGCUGUCCCCUGCCUGGUACCGCUGGAUUACUGAUCGCAUUGUCGCUACUUGGCUCACCCUGCCUGUGUCCCUGCUAGAACUGGUGUUCGGGGUAAAAGUUGUCAUCACAGGGGACGCCUUUGUCCCAGGAGAGCGCAGCGUAAUAAUCAUGAACCACCGCACACGACUGGACUGGAUGUUCCUUUGGUGCUGCCUGCUGCGCUAUAGCUACUUGCGCCUGGAGAAAAUUUGUCUCAAGGCGGCGCUUAAAGCCGUACCUGGCUUCGGCUGGGCCAUGCAGGUGGCGUGCUUUGUCUUCAUCCACCGGCGUUGGGAAAAAGAUAAAGAGCACUUAGGAAACAUGCUGGACUACUUCUGCGACAUUAGAGAACCACUGCAGCUCCUGCUUUUCCCGGAGGGCACUGACCUAACAGAGAACACAAGAGCACGCAGCGACAAGUUCGCAGCACAGAACGACCUGCCAAAAUACCAACAUGUGCUGCAUCCACGUACCACCGGCUUUACUUUCAUUGUGGAGCGACUGCGAAAAGGAGACAACUUGGAUGCGGUGCAUGACAUCACUGUGGCUUACCCGAAGAACAUCCCCCAGACCGAGCGCCACCUAAUGCUCGGCCUCUUCCCCCGCGAGAUCCACUUUCACGUGCAGCGCUACCCUGUCACCACGCUACCCGUCCGCUCUGCCGAGCUGGAAUCGUGGUGCCGCAAGCGUUGGGCCGAGAAGGAGUCGCGGCUACGGGACUUCUACUCGGGCGGGCUGCGGGCCUUUGACCGGGAAGGUGUGGCGCGGGUACCGCCGUGUAAGUCGGAGCUGCGCGUGGCUCUGAUCAAAGCUGCCUCGCUGCUCUACUGGACCAGCUUCAUCGCGCUGUGCUUCGUCGGCAUUUGGCUGUCUGCUCCUGUCAGGUUGUACUUGGUGGUGGUGGUGGGUGUUUACGUAGUCCAGCAUAAGGUGGCAGGUGGACUGGAGCUGCUCGAGUUGGCCUGCCAUCGCUUCUGGACCUCCAUUGCGGCCAACGGGAAGGACAAGAUGGUGGAUGGAAAAAAAACAUGAUCACAACAAUCCUAACUUGUGACACUGAGCAUCUCUUUUGCAGGGUCCGGGAAAUUUUGUGUUUACCUCCCGGCAGCUUGCUUGACCUCAGCAGGAGGCUCAAAGAGGAGCGUGUUGUCAAAAUCCCUCCUUUUGUCUCGCCUAUCAUUACCUCCACCAAGCAUGAAUUGCACCAGACAUAUUUUUAUUACAAGAUGACACAAACAAUCCUGCACUCAGUCCUGCUUCUCCAGUGCCCAUUACUAGCUCAAUUUAGUUUUGUUCACUCUUCAAAAGAGGUACAAAAGAAACUACAACUCUCGUACUAAAAGAAUUCUACUGUUGUGAACACAUCUGUCCAACAAACUUGCCAACAAAAGAAAGUUUAAAACUUGAGAUUGGCAAGCAUAAUAUUGCAGCCAUCUAACCUUAUGUGACAUUUUCUGACUUUGGUAGAGCUCAAACAUAAGUUGUCACUGAGCUCACACCAUUGGUUGGUUUUAAUUUGAAGUAUAGUGUCAGGCUCCAAUCUGUGUUGUGUUUGUUUGCGUGUGUCCCAGGUGUCAUACAUGACGGAGCAAAGCCAUUAAAACUGCACACUCUCCACAA